CGUCGACUAAAUGUAAAUCGGUUUGCCCUGUUACGGAAGUGUCUUGAGUGGUUAUAGAUAGUUAGGUUUCAGUUAAUUUUGAUGAGUUUUUUUUUAGGACUUUGCUCUGUGCUGAGAUGAAUUAUACCAGUAUGGCUAACAACAGUACAGAAUUUCCUAUGUGUAGUACUAAAAUCACAACAGGAAUUUAUCUAGACAAGACAAAUGACCAAGUGUUCAAAAGCAUAUUUCUACCCAGUUUCAUUUUCACGCUUUUUAUGUUUUUAAUUGGCGGACCUGGAAAUGCGUUAGUAUUUUACAUUUAUUUUUCAAAAUGGCGUAAAACUACCGCCCGUAUAUUCAUCCUUGCUUUAGCUGGAUUUGACUUGAUGAAUUGCUUUUUUACAAUGCCAAUGGAAUUAACUGUAUUGCAUAACAUCAUAACAUUCGACUAUAGUCCAGUUUGCAAAGUUUUCCGUUAUAUCACCUUUAUGAUGAACCAUGGAUCGUCUGUAGUUUUGGCGGCAAUUGCUAUCGAUCGAUAUAUUCGAAUAUGUUAUCCUUUGAGACCACAACUGCGUCCACACCAUGCUAAGAAAGUUGUUAUUCUUGCGCUUGUAUUAUCAGUUGCAUUUGCCUGGCCGGCUCUGCUCAUAUAUGGGUCACAGACUGUACCCAUUCCUAUCCCAGGAAAACCACACGUAUGCAUCAUUGGGAAAACUUGCCUUUACGAAGAUGAGUACAUACAUACGAUGUACCCCCUGAUUUUCUCCUUAUCUCUUCUAGUAGGCAAUGUGAUAAUCGAUUUGGCAAUGAUUAUUCUGUAUUCGAUGAUCGGAUAUCAGGUUAUAAAAAGGGGGACAUCUUCAAAUCCGACGCCAUUGAAAUAUAGAAAGGGAAGUACCUCUACUUUGUCAACAGAUGACAACUGUUUAGGAGACAAACGGACAGAAGACCAAGAGAGGCUGGAUAAUUUACAGAGCGAGAACCACAACGAAAAACAUGCUUAUUCUGCGCCAGAAAAAAAUACACAUAAGUUGACAAAACAAUCUACAGCUUCAGUGAGACGUGACAUGUUCAGACAGAGGUCAUUGUCGAUAUCUAGCAUCGAAGCUCGAAAGUCACAAAUGUACAAAACGACCUUGAUGCUGUUUAUGGUCACAAUUGUAUUCAUGGGAUCGUUUGUUCCUUAUUGCGUCAUAGUUAUUAUUAGAGCUCUAGACAAGUCGUAUUACGCAAGAUUGAGCACUGCUGGAAAGGCGGUUUAUAACUUGUUCCUGAGAAACUACAUGCUAAGUAGUUCGCUCAAUCCUAUAAUUUAUUGUUUCUUGAGCAUCCAAUUCAGACAACAAUGCAAAGACCUUUUCAACAGAAUCAAGAAGAAGCUGCUCUGAGAAUAUAAUUGUCAGAAUAUCUCAAGAAAAUAAUGUGGAUUAGCUACAUAUAAGCACUUUGUAUUUGACACAUUUGUGUGCAAUUGUAAUAUAUUGUAAACUGUUUUUUUUUAAAAUUGCCUACCGCCAUUUAUACCCGCCUUUUCUAGGUUUAUGUGCGUGUAUCUUUUAUUUGUAAAAGGCAACUGCCAAGGUUGUCAAUGUAACUUGUAUAAAUGCGAAGUCGAAGUUGAAAUCAUCCCUUCGUAAAUUUUACGGACGCCAUCACGAGUUGGUUGACUGUUAUGGAAUAACCCUUUCACAAAUGAUAUCGGAUAUGUUCCUUACGUCGUAACUACAAUCCCCUUCCCUUUCAUGAAUUUGACCUACCGAAUUAGACUAUUUACCGGAUUUGAAAUCACAUAAGCAACACGACGGGUGCCGCAUGUGGAGCAGGAUCUGCUUACCCUUCCGGAGCACCUGAGAUCACCCCUAGUUUUAGGUGGGGUUCGUGUUGUUUAUUGUUUAGUUUUCUAUGUUGUGUCAUGUGUACUAUUGUUUUUCUGUUUGUCUUUUUCAUUUUUAGCCAUGGCGUUGUCAGUUUGUUUUAGAUUUACGAGUUUGACUGUCCCUUUGGUAUCUUUCGUCCCUCUUUUGCCAAUGUAACUUGUAUAAAUGCGGUGAAUACGAUAUAACUUGAAUUAAUAUUUAUCAAGUCGAUCAACUUUCAAUAGAGUUGAAGAGAGGCACCUUUACUAUGAUAUAUCUAUAAACAGUCAAUGUUUCAACAUUUUAAUAAAUUAAAUUGAGCUAUAUUAUUGAGUGUGAUCAAGACGAAACACAUGUCUAGUGUAUCAUAUAUUCAGUCUGGUAUGGUUGAUUAACUGAAAACAAAACGAAAUGCAAAUAGCGAACAGACCUAACACGAACACGUAUACAAACGUGUCAGCCAUUUAUGUUCCAACAUUGCGCGAAAUCACAGAGAUUGAACAGAAUUGCAUCAAACGCAAACGGAACAAAUACGUACACGUGAAACAGACGUGUGAGCAAUGUAUGUUCCAAUAUGGCGCGACAUCACUGAGAUUGAGCUGAACUAAAUACAAAGCGCGAACGGACCGAAUACGAACACGCAAAAAGAUGUGGCAGUCGUUCUUGAUCUUAUAUGAUAUCGAAUCACUGAGAUUGAACUAAAUACAAAAAGCGAACAGAUCGAACAGAAGACAUAGAAUCACUGAUUCAGGAAACAUAAGUGCCAAAACCGAAUGUAUCGAAUAGGAAUACGUAAACAGACGAUGUCUGCAAGUUGUUCCUAUUCCAAUAUGUUCGCUAUGAUUGAGCAUGCAAAAAGCGAACGGUUCGAACGUGGAUACAAGCAAAUAAGCUGUCAUCAGUUCUUGGUCUUGUAUCAUAUAUUUACUGAAUGCUAACAAUUCUUUAAUAAAAGUUAACCAAUA